CCAGCCCUACCUGGCUCCCUCUCUCGGGGCUCCGAAGUGUGCAGGAAGGGAGGGCCCGAGGGAGGGGAGGUGGGCUGGGAGUCCCCGACUCCAUAUAAGGGCGAGGGCCGGGACGACCAGGGGAAAGGGACGCGCGCCUGCGACGCCUGACUUUGGCCCGGCGCGCUCAGGCAGAGACGGAGAGACCGAGCGCUUCGUUUGCGCAGAGACGCGCCAGAGCUGGUUAGGAAGCCAGUGCUCAAGAGACAUGGUGGGGCCAGCGAUGGACAUGACAAUGAUUAAGGCCGGAUUUGGAAUUUUAUAGAACACCUGGGAUUCAGUAACUCAGAAGACACCAUGAAAAGCUGGAUUCUUCUGUGCACCUUGCUGUUGAUGGGUGAGACUCUUCCUGCUCGGGUGCAUCGUACACGGAGGGAACUGGCACCUGGAUUGCACGAACAGGGGAUACGGGAUGCAGAAGGCUCGUACUGUGGCCGGCAGGAUGCUUGUUGUCAUGGGAGGGAUGACGCCUGCACCAUCCCCUACUUUGAUACCCUUUGCUACUGUGAUCUCUUCUGCAACCGAACCAUCUCUGACUGUUGCCCUGAUUUUUGGGAAUACUGUUUGGGCAUUGAACCACCAUAUCCAGUGCAGAAAGACUGCAUUCGCAAUGGUAUCAAGUUCCAUGCUGGAGCAACUUACCGUGAUAAUUGCAACCUAUGUACUUGCAAUGGGCAUGGCAAAUGGGAGUGUGAAAACCGUGUCUGUCUUAUCAAUGGGGACAUGAUCGAUGCCAUCAACAGAGGGAAUUAUGGCUGGAGAGCUUCCAACUACAGCCAGUUCUGGGGGAUGACACUGGAGGAGGGCAUUCGGUAUCGACUUGGCACCAUCAAGCCUCCCACAUCUGUCAUGAAUAUGAAUGAGCUUCAUAUCAACAUGGCCAUCAAUGAAGUGCUCCCUUCCCAUUUCAAUGCUGCCGAUAAAUGGUCUGGGAUGAUCCAUGAGCCUCUCGAUCAAGGCAACUGUGCGGGAUCCUGGGCCUUUUCCACAGCAGCGGUGGCCUCUGACCGGAUCUCGAUCCACUCCAUGGGACACAUGACACCUGCCUUGUCCCCCCAGAACCUGCUGUCUUGCAACACUCGCCACCAACAAGGUUGCAAUGGAGGCCGCGUGGAUGGAGCCUGGUGGUUCCUGCGCAGGAGGGGGGUGGUGACCGAUGAAUGCUACCCCUUUACCAGCCAGGAAAAGGAGAGCUCUCAUGCUAGUCCACCUUGCAUGAUGCACACCCGGUCCACUGGCAGGGGGAAGAGGCAAGCCACAGCACGUUGCCCCAACUCACAAACUGACUCCAAUGAGAUCUACCAAUCCACACCUGCAUAUCGUCUCUCCUCAAAUGAGAAAGAGAUCAUGAAGGAGUUAAUGGAAAAUGGACCUGUGCAAGCCAUCAUGGAAGUGCAUGAAGACUUCUUUGUGUAUCAAAGUGGGAUUUAUCAGCAUACUCCAGUAGCAGCUGGGAAGCCAGAGCAGUACCGUCGACAUGGUACCCAUUCUGUCAAAAUUACUGGAUGGGGAGAAGAACGGAAGCCGGAUGGGUCAAAAGGGAAAUAUUGGAUUGCAGCCAACUCCUGGGGCAAGGCGUGGGGUGAACAUGGCUACUUCCGCAUUGCCAGAGGAAUCAAUGAGUGUGAGAUCGAAUCCUUUGUGGUGGGCGUCUGGGGCCGGGUUGGAAUGGAAGAUAUGCACCACAAGAAAUGAGAAGAUUGGACCCUUCAACCUUGCAUUGUGAUAACAGGAAGAAUUUCUUUCCUUCUGUUGGCCCUAUGUUUCCUUCUCCUCAAAGCAUCUGGUAUCUAGAACAGUCACAGGACACAACUACUAUGGGUUUGGCCUCCAAAGACUUUGUCUCUGUUCUGGGGGAAGCCUAGAACCAUCAUGUGGAUUUUGGACCUGGGAAGUCUUUGGAGGAUCCUUCCUCAGAUGGUGGGGAGGAAAAACCUGAGAACUUCUGAAAUGGCUACCAAAGUGCUAAACAGUUUCUUGCAAAGGACCAAGAGAAGAUAUCCAAUCUGACAUUUUGUUAUGUAUAACUCACAUACCCACAACCAAAGGGACCUGGAGAUAUCAGAAGCAAACCUUGCCAGGAUUCCCUACCAAGGAUGGAAAGUUGCAGGUAAUCUGAAGAAACCUGCUGACUGGGAGACCAACCAACAUAUAUUUUUUAAAGUCUUUCCUGUGAUCUACCUUACAGAACCUUCUUGGAAGUGAUGACCUCUCUAGCAUGACCUUCCCCAGAGGCAACCAUGGUAAAAUAAAGAGUUGUCAUCCUCUUGGGCCAAAUUUUCAAGCAUCUCAGGUAGUAAAUCUACGGAUGAGUGGCUUUUUAGUCCUAGCAGGUAUGUCUGGCCAUGGACUCCAAAAUGGCGGAUGAAUUAGAUGAAAGAAACCUUGCCUCAUUUUAUGUGUCUGCAACAUGUCCUAAGAGUUUCAAGAAUAGCUAUAUAGGCUGAAAUCAACCCAUUUCGAUAGAGGCCAAGCUUAGCCUUGGGGGAGGCUGGCUUAGCCUUGAUUUUCUGUCAACAUGGAACAAGUUGUUUCUUGCCGAUCCUAUCUUAGAACAUAGAAUGACAGGACUAGAAGAGACCUCAGGGCAGGGGUGAAAUCCAGCAGGUUCUGACAGGUUCUGGAGAACUGGUAGCGGAAAUUUUGAGUAGUUCGGAGAACCAGCAAAUACCACCUUUGGGUGGCUCCAGAGUGGGGUGGGAAUGGAGAUUUUGCAGUAUCCUUCCCUUACCAUGUCCACCAAGCUACACCAUGCCCACCAAGCCACACCUACAGAACUGGUAGUAAAAAAAAUUUGGAUUUCACCACUGCCUCAGAGGUCUUUUUUUUUUUUUUUUUAAUUUGAUUUAUAUGCCGCCCUUCUCCGAAGACUCAGGGCGGCUUACAAUGUGCUCAGCAAUAGCCUUCAUCCUUUUGUAUAUUUAUACAAAGUCAGCUUAUUGCCCCCACAAACUGGGUCCUCAUUUCACCUACCUUAGAAAGGAUGGAAGGCUGAGUCAACCUUGAGCCUUGGCGAGAUUCGAACCCUGCAGUAAUUGCAGGCAGCUGGUCUUAAGCAGCUUAAUAACAGGGUGCCUUAAACCCUAGUACUACCAAGUCUUCUAGUUUAACCCCUACUCAAGGCAGUAAUCAAAGUAAUCAAAGUGAAAUAAGUAUCUGAUACCCUUUAGGCCACACCCGCCUUUCUCCAACAGUCCUUCUCAGCUAGGUUGGGCUUCCGAGCCCCACAAUUUCUAACAUGGCCAUCUAUGGACAUCAAGGCACAAAUCUCUGGAGAGCACCAGGAUGAGGUCAAGCUGCUUUGCUUGUGUGUCAUGACAAUGGAAGGAGGACUUCCUGUGUUUCUUAAGCUUCCUGGUUCAGCCCACCAUGAGGUAUUGCUGCCCCAAAGACAAUGCAAUUCCACCACAGCUUCAGCAGCUGGGUGCUUUGCCAAAGUCCUUCAGUUGACUUUCUAAGCCUAAAGCUCAAAUCAGCCCCCAGGCCACCUGUUUUAGGUCCAUCUCAACUGGAAAAUAGGAGGAAAUUCUCCUCCUCCUGUCUCUCCUCUGCCUGGUUUCAACUCCCAUGGAUUUUUUAUUUUUAUUUUUCCCAUUUCCCUGCCGCGUAGCUGAAAGCCCACUUUUGCUGAGUCCGAUGACUCGGGUGCACCAUCAUGGCUCUGACCCAUCGUGAAAACUUUUAUCCUCCUGCCUGAAGCCACUCUCCAUUUACCCCACUGCCUUUCCUCUUUUUCUUUUCCUUUUUCUCUUUUGAUUUUGGAUGCCCGUCUCUGCACCUUCCGUGCUGGCGUGAGAGUCUCUGGCUGCUAAGCCUCCCUUGGCUUAGCGGCCCUUUGUUGAGAACUUAAGGCUGCUGAAAGGGGAGGCCUUCAGCCAGCCAGGCAGGUUGGUUUUGUCCCAUUCUGCAAACUUUGCAAGCGCCAGUGUAAACACCGAGCGGCUGCCAUUUGUCUGAAAGAAGCGGAAAAAAAAGCGCAUUAAAAGGCCCGUGUUCACGCAUGACCGAGGCAGGGAGCUUUGGAAGAAGUGCCUGUGCUAGCAGUCCUCCCAUGGAGCCGGAAAACUCUUUUAUGUGAGGAUGAAGGGAGAAAAUGGAGCUUCCUCUCCUAAUACCUGAUCAAAGCAGAGAUUAGGGGAAUCUCGGCCUAGUUGUCCUGGGGGGGAGGGGGGGGAGACGGGGACCAAUCAAGGUUAGCUUUCAGGCUGCAAUUAGAAGCUGGUCUAAUGGGCUGCUUAGCUGCCUGCAUUUGAAAGAAGAGGAACUUCCCUUGAUGCUUUCAACUUGGUUACUGAAAACACCCAUUUUAUGGAUUGGAACAAUUGGUAGAAAGCCCACAAGAUGGACUUGUACUGUAUGCUAAGCUUCCAAAGGACAAAAUCAAAUGAAAACCAAUGCAAGGAAGCAUGGUCCCUAAACGCAGCUGCUAGAUUUGUAACAGAUCCACUGAAACAUAAUUGUGCAAAGCAGGAUAAAAAGCUAGCUUUAUCAGGCUGGGCUUGAAUCUGUCCUGUCCUAGUAAGCUUUCUCAAUGCGGGGCGUUUUUAUGCCUAUUUAAAUAUAUAAAUAUAUAAAAUUUAUAUUUUGCUGAUAAAGAAAUAAAGGGAGAGUAGUGUAGACCUAUUUCAAGCUAUUUAGCUCUCAUCAGCUAGCCAUACCCUUACCUGGAUUUGAACUUGGGCUUCCUGCAUGUUAGGUAGUUGAAUUAACCUCUGAGCCACAAGAGCUCUCGAUAGAAAAACACUUAAUAUAUAUAUUAUUAUUUGGUCUAAUUGGCCUUCAUUUGACCAAUCCAGGCCAAACAAAGAUGAAUUUCCUUCCGGUGAAUUGAAACAGGGCUGUAGACAUGCAACCACCAUCCACAGGCAGCCGUAAUUCCAUUUUAGGUAAGUUUUGCAGCCACUAAGUUUGGCUAGGACUAACCCCUUCCAUGCUAGCCUAUCUGUAUAUUCUAUCCAUUGCUUAGGGCCUGUGCUCUAGAAGUGAAGAUUCAGAUGUGUAUCCAAAGGGUAAAAUCUCCUUUCAGUUGAGCUCUGAUGUGACCCAGUAGUGGUAUUCACUUACCUUCACUACCGGUUCGCAAAUGUGACCACGCGCCACCUCUGAGCAUGCACAGAGCCUUCUGUGCAUGUGCAGAGAGUCUGUGAUGAUGUCUGGGCAGGUGGAUGGAGCCUCUUACCACCGCCGCUACCGGUUUUCCCGAACCAGGUAGAACCGGUAGAAUCCCACCACUGAUGUGAUCCUUAAACUAUACCUGGGCAGUUUCCUUGGCUACGUUAUGGAAGUAGUUGACAAUUGACCUUUUUCAGAUUCCUUUUCAACUUCCCAGUCUAGGUCUGCACCCUUGGGAUGUUUUAGAAGUCUCAUGUCUCCCAGGACUUUAAUCCCACUUAACUUCUGAAAAUUUCCUGUUCCCUAAUCAAAGAUGACACCUGAGUGAAUAAGGAAAACUCCAACAUAAUUCCCCAGGUGGUAAAUGUCAUAUAUAUAUAUAUAUUCCCUUAUCAGAUAAAAAUCUUUAUUCCUGGAAAAGAAAAAUACUGCUACCUUGACUAAGCAUGAAACAUCUGCAGUUCAAUUUCAGUAUUUAUUAUUUUGCUUUUGUUUAUUUGUUUCUUGUGAAUAAAGUGCAUCGAAGAUGCUGGCAGGAA